AUGACCGAGUGGGAGACAGCUGCACCUGCAGUGGCGGAGACCCCUGACAUCAAGCUCUUUGGGAAAUGGAGCACUGAUGAUGUUCAGAUCAAUGACAUUUCCUUGCAGGAUUACAUUGCAGUGAAGGAGAAGUAUGCCAAGUACCUGCCCCACAGUGCAGGGCGAUAUGCGGCCAAGCACUUCCGAAAGGCACAGCGCCCCAUUGUCGAGCGUCUCACCAACUUAAUUAUGAUGCGUGGCCUUAACAAUGGCAAGAAGCUCAUGACUGUGCCCAUUGUCAAGCAUGCCCUCGAGAUCAUCCAUCUGCUCACUGGUGAGAACCCCCUGCAGGUCCUGGUGAAUGCAAUUAUUAACAGCAGUCCCCGGGAGGACUCAACCCGCAUUGGGCGAGCCAGAACAGUGAGGCGUCAGGCUGUCGACGAGUCCCCCCUGUGCCGUGUGAAUCAAGCCAUCUGGCUGCUGUGCACAGGUACCCGUGAGGCCGCCUUUGGGAACAUCAAGACCAUUGCUGAGUGCCUAGCAGAUGAGCUCAUCAAUGCAGCCAAGGGAUCUUCCAAUUCCUAUGCUAUCAAGAAGAAGGACGAGCUGGAACGUGUGGCCAAGUCCAACCAUUGAUCACCUGGC